AUGGCAAGUACAAAAAGCCUUAUCACUUUUCAGUCAAAGCCUGCCGGUCAACCAUCACCCACAGGCACUCUCAAUACUGUUCUGCUAUCGUCCUCCAGUAUGAAUCGUAAGGCAUGGCGAAAAGCUCGCAAGUCCGCUAGGAAGACAAUAGGAGACGUCGUAGUUUCUGAUGCCGAAGAUCAGAAAAAAGCUCACAACGAAGGACUAUCCACCGAGCCACGAUUAGCCGAAGACACGAUCGAAUACGAGUGCUGCAUCUGCGGAGACGACUUCCCAUUCUCAGCUGGUGUUGCUCAUUGCGAAGAGCACUUCACAUGCAACAGCUGCGUUGUCGAUGCGUACAACGCUGCAAUCGCCGACAUCGAGGCUUUUCCAGCUCAGUGCUGCAGUCCCUUUCCUCGCCCCUUCGUCGAGCAUCUUUUGAGUCCCAAGGUACGCGUGGCAUAUUCACUUAAAGCAGAAGAAUACUACACGUCGCGUGCUAUUCGCGUCUACUGUGUUAAUGAGCAGUGUCGCUUAUAUAUUCCGAAAAGCUGCGUGGAAGAUGAUCAUCCUCUGUUUACGGUGGCACGCUGCAGCUGUGGAACCAACACCUGUGUCGGUUGUAAAAAUGAGUGGGAAGAUGAGGAGCACCGGUGUACCGAUUCCGUGGACGAUACGGCGAGACCAGAAUGGCUACCGGAGUACUCAGCUAGCUGCCGCGCAAAGUCGUGUCCGAAUUGCCGUAUGUGGAUGGAGCACAAGGAAGCUUGCAACCACAUGACCUGUCACUACUGUCAUCAUGAGUUCUGCUUCGUUUGUCUUCAGCCUUGGACUAGCGAGGGCUUCCAUCAGGACGCCGGUUGCCCUUCGUACGGAGACCCAGAUGAAGGGUACGACAACGAGGGAUACGAGCUGGGUGGUCGAGGCCUACACCGAGACACUGGUUAUAACCGCAUGGGGCUCAACCGAUUUGGUCAGCGACAACUGAGCCACGCUGUUGUGGAAGAAAGUGCAGCCAGCGAACACGAUCAGCAUUCGGACAACGAGGACCUGGAUUACGAUGAGUACGAGAUAGCCUAUGCUGAUGAAGAACAAUGGGUAGACGACGCACAAUUUGGAGAUAACGAGCGAGCAGACGGAAUUGCGCCUCAGAUCGAGAUUGAGUGGGGAGAACCAGUACAGGGUGGUAGGCCAUGGGACGAAGAACUGGAUGCAGAACAAGACGUGCAAAUCCUCAACUUCGACAACUCCUGGCGAUUGGAGCUUGUUCCUUUCACAGAUGAAGCAAACCCAGUCGAAGCUACAAUUGUGGCUUCGCGGGAUCUGGCACCAGCAUCUCGGCGACACUCACAGACAUCGCCACCACCCGAUUCUGUCCGUCAACAAAUUCGUCUCGCCCGACGCGUCCCGAUUCUUGCUCCGAAUCCGCAUCCCGAAAACAGCGUCUUCAGUGAAGGUACCCCAAGUUUUCAGCAGCUGGAGUGUAGUCAUUCGUGGCACCGGCACUUGCGAUUAUCACAGACAGAAUAUUUGUACGCGCACUGUCUGGGUUGUCACUAUAUCACGGGCAACUGGACAAAUUACUGCUCCGCUUGCGGCGUGGUCGCCUGCGACUGGUGCACGUACGACUUUCGGGGGCGUUUUGUGAGUAUGUGGGAGCAUGCAACGGGGUUGCUUGAUGUAUUGAUUUGGGCUGAGAAGGGUGUGGUGCCGUUCAAGACUGAGCGUCGUAAUGCAUUGAAACAACUGGAGGAUGAGCUGUGGGCCGAUUGCGAUGAGGACAUAUUGGGUCUGGCUACAAUGUUGGAGGUUUACGAGACUCAACUAUUUGAGCUGCAGCCGUAUCUGUACUGGGACUUUGGAAUUCGGCUUAUGUUCGAAGAGCUGGAGCUGCGAAUGUGGAAGGAAUACUGCGCUGUUACUGAGGAGGAUGUGGGAAUACCAGGGCUUACGCUGACGUUUGAUCUUGCAACGAACCCUUUUGCACCCUUACACUGGGACAGUUAA